AUUCCGGUGUCACUUUCCUCUUCCUGGUCAUCAUUAUAUACUCGAUUUGAGAGCAGCAAGAUGUCUGGACUUCUGAGGGGAAUCGCUCGCGUCCGCGCCGUUCCGGUUCUACGGGGAUCCACGAUCACCCAGCGAGCCAACCUCGUUACGCGACCCGCGAAGGAGGCGCUGGGGCCCGUUGAGACAACAGCCGCUCUGGCCAUAUUCACUCUGGCCAUCCUGGGACCGGCCGGGUGGGUUCUGUCCAACCUGGAGAACUACAAGAAGAGGGACUCGGCCGGGUCUGAGUGAUCCAUCUGUCAUGGACUGAAAGCAGUUUGUCUGGUUUUAUCGCUUUUAACAUGUCGGGACCACCAUCGCACAGAUUUACCUGAACAACUUCUCUCCUGUGAGGCACCCAGCUACCUCUCCAUUCUUCCAGUUUGCUCCUUGUUGUCAACUGUUCAAUAACAUAGAAUAAUGGGUGCGUCAAUUCUCUUAACCUGAAGCUGUUACAUCUGAAAUAAACCAUUAUUUAAAUCUUACAA